UUAUUAGGGCAUUAAAAUCCGGUCCCUAGUUAUGACUGAUGGUCAUUUCGCCAGUCAGUCUUGGUUUCAAGCCCCAUCUGAUGCCCAAGACCUGAUUAUUGUUACCAUCAAGCAGUUGCGAGUUUUUUUAUGUUGGACGCACUCUCUGAUGAGAUGAGUUGCCUCAGUGGCUCUCACUGUAUACCAUCACCACAGAUUGCAUAGAAAACACUGCUCCCAGCAGUUCUAUUGUUAUCACGGGCCAUUGCAUAGCAAUGGCUCAUUUGUUUAUUGAGCUAUUUCCAUGCAACAGACAAUUUUUAAGUAGUCAUGUCACAAUAUUUUAGUGAAAUUGGAUAUGCCGGGGGUCGGCAAACUACGGCCCGCCGCCGCUUUUUCUGCGGCCCGCGCGCUAAGAAUAGAUUUUACAUUUCCAAACUCUUAAAAAGGUCAAAGUGGGACAAUAUUUCAUGAAACAAGAUAAUUAUUAAAAUAUGAGUUUAAUAUUUCUGCGUCUAUGAAGCUUUAGUUAUAGGAAGAAACCUACGUUUUUCGAACAUAUUGUCUAUGGAUGAUUACGCACUCCAACGGCCGACCUUGAGUUGAGGAGUUGCGAGAAUUGCCGUGUGUGGCGCUCCUAUAGCUCCCCAUUCCCAUGUUCCAUCGUGGCCCCAGCUGUGAUGACACGCAGUGUUACGAAUGCCACGUGUAUCGCUGUUCUGUGUCGUUUUAAUACCAGUGGAUAUCCAUCAUGUCGCUGUCGAAACCACGAAAGAAGAGAAAAGUGGACUAAGCAUUCGGCACAGUAUUCCCAACUCACAGGGAAGGAACGAUCACAAAAAUUAGAAACUUUGAAACAGAGUAUUUCAUUACAACGCAGUUUCUUCACGAAAAUGAAAAAUGAAAAUAAGGCUGCAAGUAAAGUAAGUCUACGAGUAGCUCAUUUGUUAGCCAAGGAAGGAAAACCCUUUACUGAUGGUGAGUUAAAAAAAUCAUGUUUGAUUGUAGCAGUUGAAGAAAUGUGUCCAGAGAAAAUGGAUUUAUUUAAUAAUAUCAGCCUUUCUGCUAGAACAGUUGCCCGAAGAGCUGAGGACAUUGGUAGCAACAUCACUAACCAAUUAAUUAAGAAGGCAAAUGAUUUUGAGUGGUUUUCCUUAGCUCUUGAUGAGUUGACAGACAUUACAGAUACUGCUCAAUUGCUGCUGUUUAUUCGAAGAGUCAAUGCUGACUUUGAGGUGACUGAAGAAUUAGCUUCUAUGAAUAGUCUGCGUGGAACAACUACAGGCGAAGACAUUUUCAAGGAAGUUGAGGAAAUGUUAACGAAGUACAAUCUGAAGUGGAAUCAGCUAAAAUGUGUGACAACUGAUGGUGGUAAAAAUAUGUCUGGAACAGGUAAAUGCUUAGUUGGAAGCAUUUACACAGCUUGUGAAAAUGCAAGGUGUACAAGGCCUAUGUUUAUUAAUUGUAUCAUUCACCAGCAUGUACUUUGUGGCAAAUAUCUUAAUCUGUCGUGUGUUUUAGAACCAGUCGUGUCAACGGUGAACUUCAUUCGUUCUCGUGGGCUGAACCAUCGUCAUUUCCGUGAUUUUCUGUCAGAAGUGGAAGCCGAAUAUCCUGACUUACCCUACCACACAGCAGUUCGAUGGCUCAGCAGUCGUAAAGUUUUGUUAAGAUUUUUUGAACUCAGAGCAGAGAUUGAAAUUUUUCUCAAUGAGAAAAAACGCCCUCAACCACUAUUAUCGAACACUGAAUGGCUUUGCAAAUUAGCUUCUGCUGCUGAUAUGAUGGGAUUUCAUAAUGGAUUCAACUUGAAGCUACGCGGCAAAACAGUGCUAAUAUGUGAAAUUUAUACUGCGGUAAAAUUAUUUCGACGACAACUGGCUUUGAUUGAGUCACAAAUCAUGUCAAGCUGUUUCGUGCAUUUCCCAUGCUGUCAAACAGUAAAAGAAGAAGUGGAUUCCCCAUUCCCGCACGAAUUUGCAGGUGAUAUAUUUUCUGAGCUCAAAAAACAGUUCCAGCAACGUUUUUCGGAUCUUGAUGCAAGUGCAGAAGACAUUUCCAGAUUUGAAAAUCCAUUUAACUGUACAAUUGAGGAACUUCCACCUAACCUUCAAUUGGAAGUGAUUAAUCUGCAGUGUGAUAACAUGCUAAAAGGCAAAUUCCAAGAGAACAAUCUAACAGAAUUCUAUAAGUGUCUUCCAAGUGAUGAAUAUGGUGAAUUAAGAUCAUAUGCUCGAGGUUUGAUCUCUGUAUUUGGUAGUACCUACCUGUGUGAAAAGACAUUUUCAAAGAUGAAAUAUGUAAAAUCUCAAUACAGGUCAGCAUUAACAGACGAACACUUGCAAUCAAUUAUGAUGAUAGGGAGUACUAUCUUUGACCCCCAAUUUGAAAAAAUGUUAUCUAAAAAAACACAAUUUCAUUCGUCCCAUUAGUAGCCUAAAGCUGUGUUUCAAACAAUGAUUGUAGUUCCUUUUGUAUUUUUAUUAUGUUACAUUUUCACCAGUAAAUUUGUGAAAACUU